AUGGAGGAAAAUGACGUGAACCAGGUAGCCUCCGGGCUUGAGCAUCUGCAGGCAUCUUCGCCAGUCUGUAACUUUGCGAUACCAAUUAACCCUCCAGGCGAGCACAUCAUUGAGUCACUGAGAUCCGAAGUCGAGUCCACCAACACCGCGGUUCGCUCAACCUCUGAGCUGGGUAACACCAUUUCCGACAGCCCAUGGGCGAUGCAGUUGGACUCGACUCAGCCCGAGUAUCCGUUGCUGCCCAGUGAUGCUUAUUCAACUGAGACUGAGCCUCUCAAUCUGAGCUACCAGAAAUCGCCCAGCGGAGUCAACAUUAUCGAGCAACGCAACAAACGGGUUGGUAACAAGAAGCGUCGUGUUGAAUCCAGUGCAUCUGCACCCAAGGAGACCCCAAUUGAUCAUCCUGCAACUCAGGAAACUACCCAGAAGAAAUCGGAGAACGGUCCAACCUUCCGUCUGAGUUACGAUUUCAUCAAGGGAUCGGGCGAUGAGAAAGACAAACAAUUCCCGGUUCUCAUCCAUGGAAUCCUCGAGCGCUGGCACAGCCUGUUCCCAGAGGAGGAUGUUGCACACCCUUGUGCCGUUGGAAAUCCAUCACUCAACAAUUGCAAAAUCUUCGACAAGGAUGCGGAAGAGUACAAGCUUUUGCUCUGGCGUGUCAACAAGUUGUGCGCUGGCAAGCAGCGACACUACCAUAUCCUCGUGCUGGAAUCGGAAAAGGGUGAUGAGGAAAUGGUGGUGAAACUCAAGACGCGCCCCACGUGGAAGUUCAGCAAACAAUGCAAGAAAUUGAAAGGGUACUACCUCCUCGCGUGGAAGGAAGCCACCACUUCCUUUGAAACCACCUCGAGCAUUUUGUGCCUCUGGCGAACCGACACCUCCACCGCAGAAGGUCUCUUGACCUUUAUCGCGACAAUUUCCCCCCCCGGUGAUAAUACCGUAUUCAACUACGGGGUUAUGGACGACCAUGUCCCCGCUACAAGCAAUGCCAGAACUUACGAGGCCAUGAUAGCAGUCGUUCGAAAUCCCGGUAAGGUGAUCUUCGAUGAAGCCCUAAUCAGAGAAAUUGUGCUCGGAUACAGAGACCAAGCUAACCCAACUCCAGUUGCUACGGACUCUCGCGAGAUCGGAAGGCGCCGUCUCGCAGUCCGCUUCAAGCUUGUCCUGCACGGCGGCGAAGCAUUCCGCUAUUUCGAUACAGAUAAUGCGGCGGUCUUCUUCCAGAAGAUCGAAGAAUCCUACAACCCCGUUCCUGCCGGAGUGCACUGCACCUACCCCGGAGUGGAAGGCGUCCGUUUCGUCGGGACCCAGUGUCACGACGAAUUCGACCUUUGCUGGAGGCCGUCUCCCGUGCGGGCCCCAGCGUUGGCGAGGAGAAGGUGGUCACUGUAA